ACUGUUUGUUUUUGUGGUGGCAGAUUAUCUGCGGGUGGAGACGAACCACCCGCCUUUAUGCUGGAAACCUCUGUCGACUGUAGCUAGCUUAGCCUGCUGAGUCACAGCCCGGCCCAGCCACUGUUAGCGAGACAAAACGAAAGUCGAUGGGCUUGAUUCUGACUGAAGCGUGUCCCUUCACAAGAUCAGUGUGUCGUUUCUGCAAAGUCUGCUCCUCUGCGGCUUCUCUGCGGUUUAGUAGAAGAAGCCAUCGUUUGUCUUCGACGCGAGGUUAUGACCUGUCGGCCUCCACCUUCUCUCCAGAUGGCAGAGUGUUUCAGGUGGAAUAUGCGAUGAAGGCUGUGGAGAACAGCAGCACAGCGAUUGGUAUCCGCUGUAAGGAUGGUGUGGUGUUUGGGGUGGAGAAACUUGUUAUGUCCAAGCUGUACGAGGAGGGCUCGAACAAACGCAUCUUCAACAUCGACAGACACGUUGGCAUGGCUGUAGCUGGUUUGUUGGCUGAUGCUCGCUCACUUGCCGAAGUUGCCAGAGAGGAGGCCUCUAAUUUCCGAUCAAACUAUGGACAUGACAUUCCCCUAAAACACCUGUCCGACCGAGUGGCCAUGUAUGUCCACGCCUACACUCUGUACAGCGCUGUCAGGCCGUUUGGUUGCAGUUUCAUCCUGGGCUCGUACGACAAAGAUGACGGACCACAGCUUUACAUGGUCGAUCCGUCUGGCAUCUCAUAUGGCUACUGGGGGUGUGCCAUCGGAAAAGCAAAGCAAGCUGCAAAGACAGAGAUUGAAAAGCUGCAGAUGAAAGAGAUGACCUGCAGAGAACUUGUCAAAGAAGUCGCCAAAAUAAUUUACAUUGUUCACGACGAGGUGAAGGACAAAGCCUUUGAGUUGGAGCUUAGCUGGGUUGGAGAAAUCACAGAUGGACGACAUGAGCUGGUACCUAAAGACGUCCGAGAGGAAGCAGAGAAAUAUGCUAAGGAUUCUCUGGAGGAGGAGGAUGAUUCUGACGAAGACAACAUGUGAACCCAGCCCAACACUCGCUUUCAUCUCUGCUGACAGACACAAGUCUGAGCCUUUUUUAUGUUUUAUAGUCUAAAAGCCUUCAUGUUGCUUUGGUUUGAAUUUCAGCUUUGAAAAUAAAACGAGCUGAUGAAACCUA